UCAUAUUUGUGAUUAUUGGUUAUGUGAAAAGUGAAGCAGAAAUUCGAUCAGAUCCCGCUUGGAAGCUUUAUUCAAAUCCUCAAUACGAUCCACCGUGGUGCCCAUUUAUCAAUUUUAGACUGAUAGGAAUGGCUAAGGAUAACGGCACUAAGACCUGGUUGGGCGGUAUUUGUUAUAAACAAGACAAUAUCGCACUUUACGAUAUCUUUUUCAAAAUGUCGCCUAACGGUAUAACGUGGGAUACACAAGGCGAUGACUGGAAACUGCAAGAGAAUAAUUUAACAUCAUUAUUUAAAAGAACUAAAUGGUUGACGGAGUCUGGAAUUGAAAAUGACGAACACGCAAAAUUUUGGUGGACAUUCAGGCAUAUGGAGCACAAUCCGAUUAUCCAAAAUGAAUGGCCCGAUCAUUUGAAAAAUCAGUUAAAAUCUGCGCUUGAAAUUUGUUGGUGGGCGGGCUUGCGUUUAGGCAAUUGGCACAAAUAUCAAAAAGCUUUACAAUCAUAUAUAGCCAGCGGUACAAAUGCCCAUAUUUUACUUGGCGGAACAUUAGGUGAAAGGGUACCUGAGGAGCUGGCUGAUAUUAGUAUUGAAUCUGUUUGUCAUUUAUAUAUCUAUGAGUAUGUAGAGCCUCUAAAUACUCACGACCAGCCAAUAUUUGUCUUCGGUUAUAAUUCUCCUUUUGCUGAUUUCUAUAAUCGCAGCGAGAUUGUCUUUUGCCCAGACAUCUGUUCUGAGAUUCCAUGGUUGAGUUCAACGUGGCAAACAUUUAAUUACUCCACAAUGGGUAUAAUGUUUUGUUGCACAGUAGACGAAGUCAAGCGCACCCAUUUACAUCUCAAUGUAGACGAAAUAAAUGUUGUGGAAAAAUACGUAGUCGGAUUAAAAUAAUUUAACUUUUAUUUACAUAUAAUAAUAA